CAACUCGAUAGUACUAGAAUAAUACUACUCCUAUAUCCAAUACCUUGUGUAUCUGAAUCCGAAGACCAGGAACUAGUUUCACCAACAGUAAUAAAGAAGUCAAGAACUGGGUGAUUAUUACAUGUGAUGAUGAUGUUGUGUUCUGGUGAUAAAAAUAUAGGUUUAGCUACAUGGGCCAUCAUGUUUCUCUUAAUUUCUCCGACCCUUUUCUCUACCUCGUCAAUUUCUGCUCUUGAUCCCAAAUGGGCUGCUAAGAAGAAGCGGAUGAGUCUCAAAGUUAGAGAUAUGUUUUAUCAUGCCUAUGAUAACUACUUGACACAUGCUUUUCCGCAUGAUGAACUUAAACCUAUGUCCAAAUCGUUCACAGACUCUCUUGGCGAGCUUGGCAAUUUGAAGCUUGAACACUUAUCGAAACAGUACAAGGGAUUAGCCCUUACCCUUAUUGAGUCACUAUCGAGUCUUGUUAUCAUGGGGAACAUCACAGAGUUUGAAAGAGCAGUCAAUUGGCUAUCUGACAACCUUACAUUCGAUGUUGAUGUGAGGGUCAAUCUUUUUGAGUGCAACAUAAGAGUUCUUGGAGGACUUGUUUCUGCUCAUAUACUUGCAACUGAUUCUACAAACAGGUUGGGUCAAAGAGUCUACAACAACGAGCUGCUCAGCCUUGCUGAAGAUUUAGGGCAAAGAUUUCUUCCGGCAUUUAAUACACCCACUGGAUUGCCAUAUGCAUGGGUUAAUUUGAAGUAUGGCGUAAUGGAGAAUGAGACAGCUGAGACAAGCACUUCCGGAUGUGGUUCACUUAUUCUAGAAAUGGGAGCAUUAUCACGAUUGACGGGGGACCGCAGAUAUGAAAUUGCUGCUUUGCGUGCUCUUCGUAAGUUGUGGAGCAUGCGUAGUUCUUUAAAUCUUUUGGGAACCACUCUGGAUGUGGAAAGUGGAGAAUGGCUUGAGCACUCAUCCGGAAUUGGGGCUGGUGUUGAUUCUUUUUAUGAGUAUCUGAUCAAAGCACAUAUUCUUUUUGGAAAGGAUGAAUUUUGGAUGAUGUUCCAGUCUGCUUAUCUUGGUGUGCAGAAAUAUUUCAGACAUGGGCCAUGGUACCAUGAAGCUGAUAUGAGGACAGGAAUGGCAACCUUUUGGCAACUUACUAGCCUUCAAGCAUUUUGGCCUGGAGUGCAGGUUUUUGUUGGGGAUAUCGCAGCCGCUAAUUCUUCGCAUCGCGAGUUUUUUUAUGUGUGGGAGAAAUUCGGUGUACUACCCGAAAGGUAUUUGUUGGAACAUCGCAUGGUACACCCAACUGAGAGAUAUUAUCCUCUACGCCCCGAGUUAGCAGAGUCCACAUUCUACCUCUAUCAAGCAACUAAAGAUCCCUGGUACAUGGAGGUAGGAGAAUCAAUUGUAAACUCUCUUAAUCAAUACACAAAGGUUGAAGGUGGAUUUGCAAGCAUUAGAGAUGUGACAACUAUGCAAUUAGAAGAUCAUCAGCACAGUUUCUUCCUCGCUGAGACGUGCAAGUAUCUAUAUCUUCUCUUUGAUGACUCAUUUUUGUCUGGGCGGAAUUACGUAUUCACAACGGAAGGUCAUCCUCUUCCAGUUUUGAGUUCUUGGCAUGAGAGGCUUCCCCAGACAUACCUCCCAAGCAACUGGACUUCUUCUGAGAGUAUACACCAAGCUAAACGAACAAGUGCAAUGUCCUCACGCAUCUGCCCUGCUAUUCCAUUAAACUCUCAGCACCCUAAUCGACAGAUCGAGAGUGCUUGCCAUGUCUUAGAUGCCCGUGAAGAUCACAGAUGUCUAACUGAUGAGGAUUGCGGAGUUGAUGGUAUGAGUUGUAGGCGAAGAACUUGCAGUAUAGCAGGUUAUUGUGGCCUAUGGUUGAUCAUAUAAAGUCCAUCGAAACUAAAAUUCUUUUGCACCAAAUCAAUAAGCUCUGACAUGGUUCAGGACUGCCUGCAAUAUCUCUUACUCAUACAAAUGUUGAAUUUAAAUCAUAGCAGGGAGAGAAAAAGUAUAGUAGAUAUGUACACAAGCCAUGUAACUUCACAAUUUCAUACUCCACAUGUAUGUCUGAUACACACAGCCAAGUAGAUGCACACAUCUUUUGACAGAAGACACACAAACAAUUUACUGAUUUACUCCGACA